AUGUAUGACUGGUGCAAGCCUCGUGCCAAUUUCGACGAAGAUAGACUGGAUGGCCUUGUACCCGACAUGCACCUUACAGUUGUCGCCUCAGUUGGACGAUAUCAUUCGGAAAGCUUCUGCCCCCGAGGAUGGGUAGCCACGAGCGAAUCUGCCUCAGCACCGACCAGGAGCUUAGAAGCAGCCGAACUAGUCAUAACAUUCGCAGUGGCCUCGGACGCAAACAUAUUCGUACGGCUCUGCAACCACUGUGGCCCUGGGGUAUCCGAUCCCCGCCUCCUCUCUCAUGCUCGACAACAGCGGAGUGUUGAAAUUUCAUGCGACUGCGUUACGGUUCCAGCUCGACAAUGGUCACGGAAGAAGUGUCUUCUUGCAAGCGUCAUCUGGCAAAUGAUUUCGACUAAGAUGGCGGAAUCAUCUGCAGUUCUCCAAUUCCCAUGUAGAUUCCCAUGCGAUGGCCGGUUGUUUUUUUUGGUGCCGGCUGUCCUGUUUUCUCCCUUGCCUGUUGAGGGCAAGCGUAAAGAGCAUGUCGUACUGUAUAUCGUAACGAGGAGAAUAUUCGCGAUGUUAACUUUCUCCGAACGGCUGGUCGAUCGUCAAAAGUAUCAAAGCUUCCCGAAGGCAUCCGGUAGACAAGCGGACGACGAACUAGUUCCCGAACUUGAAGCUUGA